AUGGUGUCAGCCGUUCAGAAAGAAAGAAGCUUCAUCCUCGGCUUCUCCAGCGCAAAUUUUACAAUCUGGCCAGCUUGGGAGCUCGAAGUUGCAUUAGCUGACGAAGGCGACUGCAUUCGUGAGCAAGCGUGGCUUGUCCGGCAAGGGCCUGCGAGCCCCUCGUUCCGGCUGUGCAAGCAAAUGGCUGCCAACGAUGAGAUCCAACCUACUGGCCCUAAUCAACCAGCCGCACAUGUGGUGGGAACUUCCUUUGUUCAACAGUACUAUUCAAUCCUGUGCCAUAACACGCACCAUCUGCAUCGCUUCUACACUGAUGCCAGCAGCUUCACCCGGGCUGAGGCAGGGCCUGAAGGAGAAGAUCAGAUUGACACGGUCAUCGGCCAAAAGGCAAUUCACGCCAAAGUGAGCUCCGUAGACUACAGAGAAGCCAAAGCGGAGAUUCGCUCUGUGGAGUCCCAGUAUUCUCUGAAUGGCGGCGUCAUCGUCCUGGUCACCGGGUCCCUCUUCACCAAAGCCCAGGCCAAGCGCCGCUUUGUUCACACUUUCUUCCUGGCGCCCCAAGAGACUGGCUACUUUGUCCUGAACGAUAUCCUGAGGUUCCUGGUGGAGGAAAGCGAGGCAGCGAAGACCGCUUCCACUACGGCAUCUGCUGCAACCCCUCACCUCGCAAAUGGGGUACAGGAAGCAGGACCUGAGGAUGAGUUGGAGCCGGACAAUGAACCGGAUGCAGAGCAAGUGACUGAGCUUGUGAAGGAUGACGAGCCUGAGGAGGUUAUGGAGUCCCCCCCUCCAGUGGCCAAGCCCAAGGAGGUGCCCCCCCCGCCAGCUGAGGAAGAAGCAAUGGAGACCGCGGCAGAGGACGAGGAGCCAGCUGCUGAGAAGGCGCCGACCGACGCGCUUGCACCUGAGCCUGAGGAGCAGGCCGCCGAGAAGGGGGCAGCAGCAGCAGCCGAGACUGGCCCUAUGGAGGUGGACCCCGAGCCAGCACAAGAGGACGACAAGCCCAAAGCGCCCCUGACGUAUGCACAAACACUGAGGCUGCGGGAGAAGGAGGCCGCCAUGCGCGCCGCACCUGCGCAGGCGGCGGCCGCUGAGAAGGCGCGUGCGCAGGCCCCCGCUCCUGUGGAGGGCGCACCGACCGCUCCAGUCUCAGCACCGGCGCCGCCAGAACACGCAGAAGAGGUGCCCGACUAUGUUGAACGGGACUCCCGCUCCAUCUUCGUUAAGAACCUGCCGCCCAGCGCGGAGCCGGACUUCAUGCAGAGGUGUUUCAGCCAGUUUGGGGUGCUCAAGGCAAACGGGAUCAGCAUCAAGAGGAAAGAGUCGAGUACCUUUGCAUUCCUGGAGUUUGAGGAUCAAGCAUCUGCGCAAAGAGCCGUUGAGUCUUCGCCGGUCGACUUUGAAGGCGCUCACAUGUACAUCGAGCAGAAGCACUCCGGCCCCAACCGAGGUGGUCGCGGCGGUCGGGGCGGGCCAGGCGGCCGGGGGAGUGACCGGCCAUACAGCCGUGACCGUCAGCAGGGGCCCCGCGGUCCUGGGGGGUACAGUUCUGGUCGGGAAGGGGGGAGAGGAGGCGGUCGGGGAGGCCCCCCGGGGGAGAGGCAUGAGAUGGGCGGGAGGGGCCGAGGUCCUGGACCGCAGGGAGGGCAUUUGGGGCGGUCAGGCAGCCUAGAGGGGGGCCGCAGCAGCAGCCGAGGGCCAGCGGAUUCGCAAGGGGGCAACCGACCACCGCGUAGAGGGGGCGGAGGAGGCAGCGGGGGCCCUCCUGCGCCGAGGACGGGGGGGCCGGCUGCUGCGGCAGGGGGGAUGGGACGAGGCGGGAGUCAACCAACAGAAGCUUCUGCAUAGGAGUGGAGGUGGCUGAGGCGUUGUGGGGAGCGUGCGGACGAGUUUGGCAAAAGUGGCGGGGUGCUAUGUUUCUUGGUAUCCGGCAUUGGAUGGAAAGUGGAGAAGAAACCGUUGUUUGCGAGGGGGCGCGAGAAGGUGAAGCUCGAGCGGAUGUAUCUGGCAGGGUUGCUUGCAAACGAUCCCACUUGAUUGUCAGCUUCUGGAAAUUACCCCGGCUGCUCGCUUGGGGGGGUCUUUGUCUGGAGUCAUACCCUCUCUUCGGGUGAGGGGUAACAGUGAUUGUACCGUUUCUGAGCGAGCGGGAUUGCUGCUUUGAGGAAGAGCAGAAGAAGCAUCCUUCAGGCUUUUGUCCGGAGGCACUGUAAGGGAAUGUCUGAGAGUUGUUGAGCAAGUUUUGCGAAGCCGUAUUGAGGGGAGUUUAAACGUGUAAGUUUAGAUAGUUGCUGCCGCCCAUGGGUAAGUGGGUCAGAGUCAAGCAAGAUCAGGUUCCAAGUGUGGCUGGCAAAGCAGAUUGGUCACCACGAGGGAAAUUAUUGGAGAAUAGCAACACAUGCCCUUUAUAGAAUGACAUUGAUAGUGACUGGCCCUGCGAGCACAACCUGUGUUUAACAUAGUUUUGUAUAGACCAAUUGGUGAUGACCAGUCAUCAGCGGUGCCGUUAAGAAUAUCGAUCAUCUCAGUGACUUGAGUGACCAACUUAUUGUGUUGAUCGGGCCCCAGAGCCUAGGAAGGUUCAUAGAUGUAUGUCUCAGUGGCAU